AUGGCGAACUUUAUCAACCUCGAGGAUUCCCCAAUGUUUCAAAAACAGGUUUUCUCCUUAGAAGGAACAACUGAUGAGCUUAAAGAUCGUUGUCAGAAGCUAUACAAAGGUGUUAAGAAGUUCAUGGGAGCAUUGGGAGAGGCAUCUACUGGAGUCAGUGCCUUUGCAGAUUCUCUGGAAGAGUUUGGCGCUGGACAUGAUGAUCCCAUUAGUGUUUCAAUUGGAGGUCCAGUAAUAUCUAAAUUUAUAAACACACUUCGAGAGCUCUCCUCUUUUAAGGAGUUUCUUCAUUCACAGGUGGAGCACGUAUUACUUGAGAGGCUGACGAACUUUAUGACUGUUGAUUUACAAGAAGCAAAGGAGUCUCGCCGUCGUUUUGAUAAAGCUGUCCACUCUUAUGAUCAGGCACGCGAAAAGUUUGUGUCGCUAAAGAAGAAUACCAGAGGAGACAUUGUUGCUGAAUUGGAAGAGGAUCUGGAGAACUCGAAGUCAGCAUUUGAGAAAAGUCGUUUCAAUCUAGUAAAUUCAUUGAUGACUAUUGAAGCAAAAAAGAAGUACGAGUUCUUGGAAUCUAUAAGUUCAAUUAUGGAUUCCCAUUUGAGAUAUUUUAAGCUUGGCUAUGAUCUAUUGAGUCAGUUGGAACCUUAUAUUCAUCAGGUAUUGACAUUUGCACAACAAUCAAAAGAACAGUCUAAGAUUGAACAAGACCGAUUUGCAAGACGUAUUCAAGAAUUUAGGACUCAAUCUGAAUUAGACAGCCAACAGGUCUCUGCUAAGGCUGAGCCCUCUGGUGCUGAUGGAAACCAUGUUUAUAGAACUAUCCCGUAUAAAAAUGUAGAAGCAACUUCGAUAUCAACAGCGGACAAGGAAGUAAUUAAACAGGGGUAUCUGUUGAAGCGAUCAGCUAGUCUGAGAGCUGAUUGGAAAAGGAGGUUCUUUGUUCUUGACAAUCAUGGAUCCCUAUACUAUUACAGAAACACCGGUAAUAAAUCAGCGGGAUCUCAACAUUACUAUUUAGGUGAGCAUAACAGCGGUGUCUUUGGGAGAUUUCGUUCAAGACACAAUCGAUCAGCUUCACAGGGAAGCCUAGAUUGCAAUAUGAUCGAUCUCCGUACUUCACUGAUAAAAUUGGAAGCAGAGGACACAGAUCUUCGACUUUGUUUUAGAAUUAUUUCUCCUCAAAAGACUUACACAUUACAGGCUGAAAAUGGAACUGAUAGGAUGGAUUGGGUAAAUAAGAUCACAUCAGCUAUAGCAACAUGCCUGAAUUCUCAUUUUCUGCAACAGUCACCAAUUCGGUACGUGGAUAAAAACUAUGCUAGUUCUGGUCCUGCUAGUGAUGAGCUCUCCCUGGAUCAAAAACAAAAUUAUAAUCGAAGACUAAACAUGGGGGAUGAUGUCUUUACAAUACUCAGAGAAAUCCCCGGUAAUAAUGCAUGUGCAGAAUGCAAUGCACCUGACCCUGAUUGGGCAUCAUUGAAUCUUGGAGUUUUGAUGUGCAUUGAAUGCUCUGGUGUCCACAGGAAUCUUGGCGUUCAUAUAUCCAAGGUGAGAUCGCUCACUUUGGAUGUGAAAGUAUGGGAGCCUACAAUCUUGGACUUAUUUCGGAAAUUAGGCAAUGCAUACUGUAAUUCUGUCUGGGAGGAGCUACUUUACCUUGACGAUGACGGUGAAAAGGGAUCUACCGACGCGUUUGCAUCAAUUCCGAAACCAUCUUCAAAAGAUUCCUUUACGCUAAAGGAGAAAUACAUUCAAGGAAAGUACCUGGAAAAAGCGCUAAUUGUCAAAGAUGAAAGAGAAACAAACCCUUCUGCUUCAAGUAGAAUAUGGGAAGCUGUUCAAAGUAGGAACAUAAGAGAAAUCUACCGACUCAUUGUAACAGCGGAUGCAAAUAUCAUCAAUACCAAGUUCGAUGAUAUUACUGGUGUCGAUGCAUAUCACCACCAUGUUGAUGAUACACCAUACGAAGUGAAGAAAAUGCACGAUCCAAAUGCGUGUCAAAGAAUCAAGGAUUCGAACGAAGCAAGAAACUGUCUUCAAGGUUGUUCUUUGUUACAUGUGGCGUGUCAAAGCGGUGACCCGAUCUUGCUUGAACUAUUAUUGCAGUUUGGUGCUGACAUAAAUAUGAGAGAUUAUCACGGAAGAACUCCGUUACACCAUUGCAUCGCAUCAGGGAACAACGCAUUCGCAACGGUUUUACUAAGAAGAGGUGCUCGUCCUUCGAUAGAAGAUGGUGGAGGAUUAACUGUAUUGGAACGAGCAAUGGAGAUGGGAGCCAUAACGGACGAAGAACUCUUCCUUCUCUUAGCAGAGUGUCAAUAA